UCUGAUCAGCAGCUCACGGGCUUUUCACAAGGAGGGCCGCCGACAGGACUGAUGUUGGGCUGAGGGUGGUGGGCUCACAGGGCCAGUUAUGGCUCAUGGAAAAAGGUCAGGAACCAUUACCAACAUACUAGCUCCUAGCCCUCCAACGUGCCCCGGUUCAGGAUUCCCCAAACGGAGGCAAGCGGAGCAGCGAAGUUUGGUGAAGGAGGCGUCUGAGAAACCCCUGAGUACCUUGAAGGAUGACAACAACGACCAGCUGACUCCUCCUGCCCCUGCAAGCCACUUUUACAUGAGUUGUGACCCGAGUCCUGAGGACAUGGAGGACACCUGUUCAGAGUACGACAACGUGGGCUCUGAUGUGGAGCAGGACUAUGAUGAGGUGCUGCAUUUAAACAGAGAGGGCGUUGUGGACACCAGGUACUACAAACAGUACUCUCCUGAGGAUGGAGGCUAUAUAAAGUAUGCAGGAGGUGAUAAUAUUAAUGAGAGCGGCAGUGCUGUUGAGCAGCUCCCUCCCAGGCCUCGGCAUGGCACUGAAAUAUGUGAGGGAUCACAAUCAGACGCUAAGAUUCACAAGACAGGCCAUCGCUUUAGGUCACAUUGUGGUCCAGCUGCUGUGGAUCAGGCAGAGAGGGAGGUGGAAAAGGGCCAGGAGAACAGGUUCUUCUUCAGUGACGGAGAUGAGAUAGAGGAGGUGCUGGAUGGGGCCAAAUUCAUCGAGGAUUUAGAGGAGACGGAGAACAGUGUUCAGAGGCCGACCAGCCUUUAUCAGGACAACGAGAAUGAAAGAAUUAGAAAGGGAGGUGACGAAAGGGAAAGAGAAGAUGACACUAAAGUCCAGAGAAACCAUAAUAUCCCAGGAGCUGGUAAGAAGGGUGAGUCGUCUCACGUAGGCUUAAAGGAGAAGGAGAGGCAGGGUAAAGGACGAGAGAGGAGGGGAGCCGGAGAGGACAUGGAGCAUGUUGUUUCUGGGAUCAAAGGAUGCUCGACCAACAGCACCGAGCAGCAGCAGCGUCCAAAGACUUCGUCAAAGGACUGCAAAAAAGCCUCCGUGCGGACCAAAGCCAGGUCUGCUUCCGGUAAGCAACAUCCUCCUCCACCUCCUCGUCAUUCCCAUGCUCCGCCACCUGCAGACACCCAGAAGGCCCCGCCUCGCAGAGAGACUCCUCCUGUUCCCAGACCCAGUCCCCCCUCCUCUGCUAACAGCCGGGAGAGCGAACCCAGGGUUAUCAAGCCAUCCCUGGCUCCUCAUCACACAGCGGAACAACAGAGGGAGCCUCUGGAGGAGAGGCAGAGACGGACAGAGAAACCCCAGCAGGGUGAGAAGCAAAGCACAGCUGUGAUACCUGAAGAUGUGCCAGAGCAGCCGAGGAGGCCUCAGGGUCCAGAGCUCGUCCCUGCAGAGGAGAGCAAUGCGCCCAAGAACACACAGGAAGCUGCUUCUUUCCCCAGUUUUGAGGACGUCCCGGGUCCGUGUGAGCCAGAGGAUCUUAUUGAUGGAAUCAUCUUUGCUGCUAACUACCUUGGCUGCACUCAGGUGCUGUCUGAUAAAAAUCCAUCCAAGUCUGUGCGCAUGUCCCAGGCCCAUGAAGCUGUCAGUCGCAUCAAGAGCCAAGAUGAAGACUCUCAAAUGAUGACAGAAGUGGACUUAUUUAUUUCCACUAAAGCUGUCAAAGUGCUGAAUGCUGACACACAGGAGACAAUGAUGGACAGUGCCUUGCGGACCAUCUCCUAUAUCGCAGACAUUGGCAGCAUUGUGGUUCUGAUGGCACGCAGGCGCAUGUCUCAGGCCUCAUCAGAGGAUUUCUCAGAAUCUCCCGACUCUGCCAGCGAAGGGAAGAGUCAGUACAGGAUGAUCUGCUAUGUCUUUGAGUCAGAGGAUGCGCAGCUCAUUGCACAGUCCAUCGGUCAGGCUUUUAGCGUGGCCUACAGAGAAUUCCUGCGUGCCAACGGCAUCAACCCCACCGACUUGAGCCAGAAACAAUACAGUGACAUCAUCAACUCCCAGGAAAUGUACCAUGAUGACCUCGUCCAUUUCUCAAACUCAGACAACUGUAAAGAGCUGUAUGUGGAGAAGCAGAAAGGAGAGAGCCUCGGUGUGGUGAUCGUGGAGUCUGGCUGGGGCUCCAUUCUGCCCACUGUUAUCAUGGCCAGUAUGCUGAACAGCGGCCCCGCAGCUCGCUCUGGAAAACUCAGUGUUGGCGACCAGAUUAUGUCCAUCAAUGACACCAGCCUGGUGGGGCUGCCACUUGCCACCUGUCAGGGCAUCAUCAAGGGUCUGAAGAACCAGGUGAAGGUAAAGCUGAGUAUUGUGAGCUGCCCUCCUGUCACCACUGUCCUCAUCAAGAGACCCGAUCUCAAGUUCCAGCUUGGUUUCAGUGUGCAGAAUGGCAUUAUCUGCAGUCUGAUGCGAGGCGGCAUAGCAGAGCGAGGCGGAGUUCGUGUUGGACACAGAAUCAUUGAAAUAAAUGGUCAGAGUGUUGUUGCCAUGGCACAUGAGAAGAUUGUUCAAACCCUGUCUGUCUCAGUGGGUGAGAUCAACAUGAAGACGAUGCCCGCGGUGAUGUUCAGACUGCUGACAGGUCAGGAGACGCCUAUCUACAUAUAGAGACCCUGCAUGGAUCAGCCCGCUGUUGUUCUGCAUGUCGAAGGGACAAAUGAUG